GGCUUCAAACGCACAAGCAAGCUCGGUAAGCACGCCAUGAAGAUGAAGAGAUGCAUCGUUCCUAGCAUCCUGCUGAUGUUUUCACUGGAGGCAGCGCUCCUCGUCGCCGGUCGCACCUCCGCCGCCGACGAAGUGGGCGCCAUUCUCCUGCCGAGCCAAGGCCAAGCUAACUGGGGCCUUGGGCUUGCAGAGGAAGCAGCCAUGGCGGCGGCCAAGAAGAGGCCGUGGAAGUGCUGUGACCAGGCGGUGUGCACCAGGUCCAUCCCGCCGAUCUGCAGCUGCAUGGACCAGGUCUUCGACUGCCCCUCCACCUGCAAGUCCUGCGGGCCGUCCAUGGCUGACCCGUCCCGCCACGUCUGCCAAGACCAGUACGUCGGCGACCCCGGGCCCAUCUGCAGGCCGUGGGAGUGCUGCGACUCGCCUACCUGCACCAGGUCCAACCCGCCGACGUGCCGCUGCGGGGACGAGGUCGACAAGUGUGCUCCGACCUGCAAGACCUGCCUGCCGUCCAGGUCCCGCCCUUCCCGCCGCGUCUGCAUCGACAGCUACUUUGGGCCCUUCCCGCCCGCAUGCACGCCGUCAGAGGCUGUUGCCGCCGGCGGUAACUAGCAUGCGCAGCGCACGCGCGUUGAUCACCCGAUCAACGCCGUCGAGUGUCCUCAUACCCUGCUGCAGCAGCAGUGUCUAAGAAUAAAAUAAAAAUGGAUGGUCUAUAUGUGUGGUGGACACAAUUAUGAAUAAGACAACGUAGCAAUGUUCAAUCUUUAUAAAUGAACGGUGCAGUUUUCUUCGGUUUCA